AUGUCCUCACGGCCAAUCAGAAUCACCACUGUGGAUCAAACUAUCAGCUUAAAAGUCCCUCCAAAGACCAUCGAGACCAGACGUGGAGAAAUGUCUUCGCCGUUUGGGAGUAUACUGAGGGUUCCUCUCCUCCUGCUCCUUUUGUAUGGAUUUGUGUGUUCUUUGGACAUCCUGAGCUCUGCUUUUCAGUUGGCUGGGGGAAAAGUGGCUGGAGACAUUUUUCAGGACAAUGCAAUCUUGUCGAACCCAGUGGCAGGGCUCAUGGUGGGGAUACUGGUGACGGUUCUGGUCCAGAGCUCCAGUACAUCUACAUCCAUCAUAGUCAGCUUGGUUUCUUCUGGAUUGCUUGAAGUGAAGUCUGCAGUCCCCAUCAUUAUGGGCUCCAACAUCGGCACGUCAGUCACCAACACCAUAGUCGCCCUGAUGCAAGCAGGAGAGAGGAACGAAUUUAAACGGGCGUUUGCCGGCGCGACGAUUCACGACUGUUUUAACUGGCUGUCAGUGCUGGUGCUGCUGCCUCUGGAGGUGGCGUCAGGUGUGUUGAGUUAUCUGGCCAGAGUCACUGUCAGCAGCUUUCAAUUGCACAGUGGAGACGAGGCGCCUGAACUCCUGAAGACCCUCACUGAACCCUUCACUAAACUCAUCAUACAGCUGGAUAAAUCGGUAAUAACGGGCAUCGCUCUGGGCGACGAGUCCAUGAGGAAUCACAGCCUUGUGAAAGUCUGGUGCAAGUCCAGCAUCUUCAUGUCCUCAGUGAAUGUGACAGCAACUGCCACCCAGAACUGCUCCACUGAAGUGCAUUGUGUGAAAGAAGGUGAUCUGACCUGGAUCACUCAGAAUAUCACCUCACAGAUAAACACAGAAAAAUGCAGGCAUCUGUUUGUGGAGUCAGCUAUGUCAGAUCUGGUCAUCGGGCUCAUUUUAUUGGCCAGCUCGCUGAUGGUACUGUGCACCUGUCUGCUGUUGAUCGUCAAAGUCCUGAACUCUAUCCUCAAAGGCCAAGUUGCAAAGGUCAUUGAAGGGGUCAUCAACACGGAUUUCCCCUACCCACUCGGCUGGCUGUCUGGAUAUCUGGCCAUGUUAAUGGGGGCUGGCAUGACCUUUAUCAUCCAGAGCAGUUCUGUUUUCACGUCUGCUAUGACUCCACUCAUUGGCAUUGGCGUGAUCAGUCUGAACAGGGCGUACCCUUUGACCUUGGGCUCCAACAUUGGGACAACCACUACGGCCAUCCUCGCCGCUCUUGCCAGCCCCAGAGAGAAGCUUCCUGCUGCAUGCCAGAUUGCCUUGUGCCAUUUUUACUUCAAUAUUUUUGGGAUUUUGCUGUGGUAUCCAAUCCCCUUCACUCGUCUGCCCAUCCGUAUGGCAUCUGCACUGGGUGAACGCACCGCAAAGUACCGUUGGUUUGCUGUACUUUACCUGCUGGUCUGUUUCCUGCUGUUGCCUUCUCUUGUGUUUGGCAUCUCGCUGGCCGGUUGGCAGGCUAUGGUUGGUGUUGGCGCGCCAUUUGUAGCUGUCACAAUCUUCAUUCUCCUGGUCAACCUUAUGCAGUCGCGCAGUCCCACACACCUGCCGAAGACGCUGCGCAGCUGGGAUUUCCUCCCGCAGUGGAUGCACUCUCUCAAACCCCUUGACAAACUCAUUACCAGAGCAACAGCGUUGUGCUGCAGCCCGGCUCGAAUUAAUGUCAGUGCCCUCGACCCUGAUGUAGUCGUAAUAACCCCAAACCCAAUAAACAUCAAGCCUGAAUCAUCAAUUUCCACCAAGAAAAAUGAACAAGGGUAUGACAACCCUGCCCUGUCCUUACCUGAGGAAAUAUCCUCAGAACCAAGAGUGUUCAGACUUAAAGGACUAGAAAGAUGCAACAGCACACCGCUAUAGAGGGACUGGAGUCUUUCGAAAAUGAACCAUCACGGCUUUUAGUUUUACUAAAGUCUACUUUUAGUGGCCAGAUUUAAGCUCUGCUCCAAAACCUAGUGAGCUGUCUGCAUAGGCAGCAUUUUAAGCAACCUGGUCUCAAUUAAUCACGUUACUAUACCUACAUUUAUUCAAUAUGAUUCUAUGUGGCCCAUUGUACAUAUCACAGCAUUUUCCUGAAAUGAACACUAGAGAUGCUACAACAACGGCUUUUAUUCACUUUCAUACAAAUAUCAUUUCAGUCAUGACAACUCUCGGAAAAGUUUAGCAUCUUAAUGUGGGUAUGACAUAUUGAUAGUAUAUUGGUCUUGGCGGCUAGAUCUGCUACGCUGCUGCUGCUACUGCUGCUACAGAGCAAGUACGGAGACUUGCUUCUGUUAGAAAUUACACAUACAAACUGAGGUAGCCUGUAGAAAUUAUGCUGCUGCUGCACUGUUGGACAAAAUGCAAGACAUGCUGCGGCACAAAUAGACAUUGCAAACAAUCCCAAUGUUGUAGAUCUAGACAAGUGGAGCUGGGGGUGGAGGUGGGUUUCAGAGAAAAACUCUCGCAGUGUGCUGCAGUGAAACUGGCUACAGUUACAUGUCAAAGAACCAAUCAGCUUACACCAUGCAAGCCAAUUAGCCUAACAUGUCUCAUGUGAGUGAGCCAAUUGGAUAACAGAUAACAAGUUAAAAUAACCUGUCAGCUUGCACCACUUAGAGUUGCAUGGCUGAUCUUUGGUUGUUUCAUAAACACGUACUUUUCGCCCGGUUCCUCAGUCAGUGCUAUCUUAUGACAUCAACACCUUUACUAUAGUGCAUGACUUGUAAGAACGCUUGCAUUACAUAGCCAACUACAUUUACAAGCUUGUUCAAAUGCGAUCAAAUUAUGCGGUAGCUCAACUGAUAGAACGAUGGGGUACGAGUCCUAAAGAGCACGCGAGUCAACACGUAAGUCGAAAGAGUCAUAGAAGCACCACAAAACGACGUUGUGCAGCUUUAAAACUCCAUAGAACAGUAACCUUGAAAGCCUCAUCUGUUUGGGUAACAAAUAUAACUCGCUUUUAGCGCCACACAGUAGACAUUUCACCUCUAAACUGCCAUGAUAUGUUUGCACUUUCGAUGCAAAGGUUGUUUGAACAGGUUGGCAGCAUGAUUAUGGUGCCCUUUUGGCCAAAUUCUAAGGUAGCACCGUAUGUACAGUAUACUUCAGAGAGAAGGCAAUCCAAAAAAUUUAUUAUGGCAAGCUCAGUGAAAAUAAAAUUACUAUUAAUAUAUGCAUACAUUUCAUUACGUACUGAAAAGUAUCAAUAAAAAUAGUUAAAUCUAAUAAAAAUCAUCUGUUUUACCCAACAUUUAUGUGUGCUAUAUAUUUUUAUGAUUCAUGUUAGCAGCAGACUACCGCUAAUCUCCUGUGUGCUGUGUGUGAGGAGCGUUAUUUAACCUGGUCUCAUAAAAAGUCAUAUUAAUAGAGGUGAAAUCAUAAGAAAUCUCAGCUCGUACAAAAACAUCCGACUUUUACACCCAUAGAGAAAAAUAAAUUAACACAAUUAAACUACGAUUUUUCCUAAGUUUAACCCCUAAUCAAAACUAACCAUGAUUUUUCAUUUGAAAAUCACUGUUGUGUACCAUGAAAGAAAUUUGUGCGAUACAUUUUUACAAAUCAUUACGAGUUGGUGCUAUUUGUAUGACAUAUGGGCCUAUAGUAUGUAGCAUGUUUUAAAUCAGUCACUUAUGAUGAUCUGUUUGUUAGUCAGGGUGCCGCCUGUGUAGGCAGUAGACAGCAAGCAGCUCACUAGGUUUUGGAACAGAGCCAUAAUGUUAACUAAGGUGCUUAUUCAGAUUUAAAAUACACACAUUUCAGCUAAUCAAUCAAAUUUUAUUCAUUAUACAAUAUUUUCAUUAUUAGUUCAGAGAAUUAAAUGAAGUUUUAGCAUCUCUCAUAGCAUCUCUGUGAAAUCUGAGAGGGUUGUAAAUGUAUUGCAUAUUUGUUAUUUUGUCCUGCAGCCAUGUUACAAUGUUUAUUACCAAUACCACUGUGUAAAUCCCACUGAAGCAGUGUGCUUCGCCAUAAGGUGUCUGUAUGGCGCAAACAUAAUAAUUCAGGGCUAUCCCAGCAUGCCUUAUGUUUUCAAAUUUACAGAUAUUAAAAAACAAAUAGCUUUGUUUUAUUAUCGCACCAAACUUUCCUUACUUAAUCCCAAUGAGAGAUCAGACCAGAUGGUUUUAUGUGAAAACAUUACAUUUGCAUUAAACUUUCUCCAGUGUUUUGUAUUAAACUUAAUCAUAAGUAGAAGAAUAUGUGCUGUACCUUCAAGACAUUUGUAUAAGAUAGAAUUGUAUAUAUAUAUAUAUAUAUAUAUAUAUAUAUAUAUAUAUAUAUAUAUAUAUAUAUAUAUAUA